CAAGCUGGUUUGACCAGAAACAGAACUGCCUGUGACAGAUUAAGAGACAAGCAAGGCUUGGAAUCUGAGAGCAAGCAGAGUGGAAAUUUACAGCUGUUCCAUGUGAGUGUUCAAGUGAUCAUUUUCUGCUAACCUUUUCCGGUGGUAACUGUUACUCUUCAAAGAGGCACAGAAAGUCAAGACCGAAUUGUGGAAACCUCUCGGUCACAUUUUGCUAAUAGGAGGCAACCUCUGUUAAAUGGAAGAUAAAGGAUCCUCCGUGUAAAGUGCUUUAAGCUCCAGCAAGAGCUGUCUUCAGCACCUCACCAUGUGUCUACUUUUUGUUUCUUAGACAAGCCUGGGUGUUUCUCUAGCGCUGGCAUUCCAUACUGGAAGAAGAGAUUUUCAUACGUGAAAAAAAAUGCCUUUGUUUAGUAAAUCACAUAAGAAUCCAGCAGAAAUUGUGAAAAUUUUGAAAGAAAACAUGGCCAUUUUGGAAAAACAAGACAAAAAGACAGAAAAGGCUUCAGAAGAAGUGUCAAAGUCGCUGCAAGCCAUGAAGGAAAUUCUGUGUGGCACAAAUGACAAGGAACCCCCCACAGAAGCUGUGGCCCAGCUAGCCCAGGAGCUCUACCACAGUGGGCUGCUGGUGACCCUGAUCGCUGACCUGCAGCUCAUAGACUUUGAGGGGAAAAAAGAUGUGACCCAGAUAUUUAACAACAUCCUGAGAAGACAGAUCGGCACUCGGAGCCCUACGGUGGAGUACAUUAGCGCUCACCCUCACAUCCUGUUCAUGCUGCUCAAAGGAUAUGAAGCCCCACAGAUUGCCUUACGUUGCGGGAUUAUGCUGAGAGAAUGCAUUCGACAUGAACCACUUGCCAAAAUCAUUCUCUUUUCUAAUCAAUUCAGAGAUUUCUUUAAGUACGUGGAGUUGUCAACAUUUGAUAUUGCUUCCGAUGCCUUUGCUACUUUUAAGGACUUACUAACCAGACACAAAGUAUUGGUAGCAGACUUCUUAGAACAAAAUUAUGACACAAUUUUCGAAGACUAUGAGAAACUGCUUCAGUCUGAGAAUUACGUGACUAAGAGACAAUCUUUAAAGCUGCUAGGCGAGCUCAUCCUGGACCGCCACAACUUCACCAUCAUGACCAAGUACAUCAGCAAGCCGGAGAACCUGAAGCUCAUGAUGAACCUGCUGCGGGACAAAAGCCCCAACAUCCAGUUUGAAGCCUUCCAUGUCUUCAAGGUGUUUGUGGCCAGUCCUCACAAAACACAGCCUAUCGUGGAGAUUCUAUUAAAAAACCAACCCAAACUCAUCGAGUUUCUGAGCAGCUUCCAGAAAGAGAGGACAGACGACGAGCAGUUCACCGACGAGAAGAACUACCUGAUUAAACAGAUCCGCGACUUGAAGAGACCAGCCCCGUGACGGUCAUGUCACCACUGCCGCCACCGCCACAGUCAUCAACUGCCUCGUCCAGCGCUGCAGGGCUUCUUUCGUGUCGCAUCAUUCUGGGGAAGACUGUGGAGGUGCCAGUUUUUCUCAAUUAAUUAAUUGUUCAGGGUAGAUGGAGUAUAAACAUUGAAUGGAAACCAUUAAUCUAGAAUAAUAUAUUCAUUCUAAUCAAGUCUGUGAUUAUUUCUGUGAAACCAGAGCCAUUACUUUAGACAUUGAU